UGAGCUCGAAUGCGGAAGUGGUGUCCUUCGGCUCCCUUCGUUGGUACUGACACGCAUUCAACGACCGGCCAGGCUUGUAUUCGCCUUCUCUUCCCCUGAGACGUGCUGGUUCACAUUUUCAGGGCCAGCGUGGCCGGUUUAUGAUCGGCCGUUUGGUGAAAAACGUUGCGCAGCGGGGGCCGAGCCUUUCGUACCGGGUUUGUGUGAUGAAGAAGCCGCAGGUUGUUUUCGUGCUUGGAGGGCCUGGCGCCGGCAAAGGGACCCAAUGCGCCAAAAUCGUCGAGAACUACAACUACACCCAUCUGUCAGCUGGAGACCUGCUGAGGGCAGAGCGGGCUCGAGAGGGAUCGGAGUUUGGAGGUCUCAUCGCCAACUUCAUCAAGGAAGGCAAAAUUGUCCCCGUGGAGAUCACCAUCAACUUACUAAGAAUGGCAAUGGAAGAGACAAUGAAAAAAGAUGAACAAAAAUUCCGCUUCCUCAUAGAUGGCUUCCCCCGGAAUGAGGACAACCUUCAGGGUUGGACCAGUGUCAUGGAUGGAAAAGCAGAUGUCAAGUUUGUGCUUUUCUUCGACUGCAGCAAUGAGGUUUGCAUCACCAGGUGUUUAGAACGAGGGAAGAGUAGCGGGCGCACAGAUGACAACAGAGAAAGCUUGGAGAAACGAAUCCAAACGUACCUGCAGUCAACACGACCGAUUAUAGAGCUGUACGAGAAGCAAGGCAAGGUCCGCUGUGUGGAUGCCUCUCACUCCGUGAAUGAGGUCUUUGCUGACGUGAAAUGCAUCUUUGACAAAGAGGGUUGAGGCUUCUCUCCUGCUGUCGCUGGCACUUAUUUUACUCUUUUUUUUUUUUUUUUUUUUUUUUUUUUUUUUUUAGUUUUUCUUUUUAUCACCUGCCAAUUUAUCUUGAGAACCGUAAUAUUUAUGUGCAUUUACAUGACUUUAUACCUGGGUUUACUUUUUGUUUUUCUUUCUCUUUUAAAAUCUGUGCCGUUUUUGUUGCUGUGCACAAUGUGUAGGGGAAGGAAUCACAUCGACUCGUCCGAGUUAUCUUCCAUCAUAGUUUGGAGCGCUGUCUAUAGGAACAAAAUAUACUGUUACCAAUGAAGAGACUUGAUUUGCUUUGCUUAGCCAGAAAUGUGUCACUGAUAUCUUUACAAUAAUAUCUUUGUAGUUGUUGGAAGCAACGGCCAUGCGUGUCAGACCAGAACAUCAAAAGUUGUGGCAAGAGAACCCGGAAUGGUUUCCAAGUGAAAUGCAUAAUUGUCCUGCCUUACAUUAUUAUACUGUUUAUCGUGAGCAUCAGCGGAUGGAUGGCUCUGACGCAGUCGAGCUUUUCACGCUGAGUACUGUACUUAGAUGUUCUGGCAAAACUAUCAGAACCACUCGACGUACUUAAUCAUACCCAUACCUCCUGAGAUCAUGCAAGUGUCUGUAUCUGCAGAAAAUUAAGAACUAUCGAAAUGUUCCUUGUUUUCUUUGUGAAUGUGAUGAAUCAUGUUUAUUUACAUUAGUAUAUCUUCAGGUAGUACACAAAAUGGAUUACAGUAUGCAUAAAUCACUUCUUUUUAGGGCCCCCCCAUGUCCCCAAACAUCAUGCUUAUGGCCACAUUUUUUUGGGAAUUUGUUUGUUUAGCGCUAGUUCCACACUACUAAAAGCAUUUGCUGCAAUAAUAAAGAUUGGUGACUAAAAUAUCAAAGUUUUGACUUUUCCUUCCAAAAGGGGAGUUUUCAGUUUGGAAGUAAACAAGCGCACAAAAGAAAUAUUUGUUGAAACGGUCAUCACAACAUUUGACAUGUACGUAUGUGAAAUAUAUCCUCCCUAUUUUUUCCAUUUUUUUUUUUUUUUGGUCCCUAACAUGAUAUACGAGAAAACACCUCGCCUGAGGUAAAACAACCUUUGAGAAACGUGGCAUGUCAUGACUUACCUCUCUGGCCUCACACUGAGCUGGGUGACGCAAAACUUUUUAAAUUGCAAACAUGCCAAAAGAAUUCGAGCAACAGUUUUUAAAUCACAAAAAGCAAGAGUAUCAAGCAGAACGACAGCAUUUCAAUUGGAAAUAAAAAAAUAAGACUUUCAUGAGCUAUAAAAUAAGCAACAAGAAAAACACGUGUACAUUAUGUAUUUUUUUUCUGCUGAUGACUUGCAUUUCUGCAGGCUGUUUUAUUUUUGCUUGUAACUACGUUUCCAGGUGUGCUGUUCCUGUUGUGUUUAUUUUUAUGUUUUUCCAUGUCUGUGCAUGUGUUGCCUGACUUUCUGCGUUAGACUUUUCGCACAAAUCUCUCAGGUGGGCGGGUUUAUUAGCGCUGCAUUGUGAUUGGCUAAUUAAUUUUGAGUGGCAGCUGUAUCCCCCUGCUGUUCUGUGCUUGGCGGCGUGGAAAGAGUUUUUCUACGAUGCAUGCGUCUGGUAUGAGUGCGAGCACAUGUGCCCAGGACAGUGACUGGACAAGGGUUCAACUGUUUUGAAUCACUUCAAUUAAAUUUAAGUCAUGUAUCAAUCAUAUAUGUUUUCAAUAAUGUACCAGGAAGAAGUCAUGAUGUAACAUACGAGUAACGUUAGAAGCCCACAGCCACAGUUUCUCAACAAUUUAGCGGCUAAUGACAGCCGUAUUGCUAACGGUAGCUACCACACUGACUCGUCUCAACUGUCCACAUAGAGCUCGUCCGCCUACGUCAUAAAAUCACGUGACUUUUGUUUACCUCGCCAUAUUGCCGGUCAGGCUUAGCAUUGCUCAAUGCUAAGUCGGUUGGAGACGACAAAGAAAUAUAUCUUGUAGCACGACGCCCAGUCUUGUCUGAUACCGUCAGACAUUUACAAGGUGAAAAUAAAUGACAGUACGUGGAAAAAUGAGAGAAACUCGGUAUAGAGGACCCGUAUUUAAUGCCGAAAUCGAUGUUUUCGCCAAAAGAAAUUGGACCGUUAAUUCGCUUCCGCUUGUCUUGGACAAUUGGAUACACGCAUGGAUCUGGUGAGUAAGUCGUCGAGAUUUACAUGGAGAAGUUUGAAAGCCUAUAAAAAUCUGUAGACGCAUACGAAUACUUUGUUGCUGGAGCUGUUCUCAUUCAAGAAUAAAUCCCACAUAGUUUUUGACGGCUUGUGAACGCGGAAGUGUGUUUGGCAACACGUUAACCUUUGCCAAAAUCCAUUGAUCUUUUCAGCUAGUAUUCAAUACAAAUACCAAUAUUUGAAUAAAUGACCCUUGGUUUUGCAC